AUCGAGUCCAUCAUGUCUGGCUUCGAAGUUGUGGGCGUUGUUCUGGCAAGCCUUCCCAUCGUCGUUGCUGUUCAACAAUCAUACGCCAACUCCAUUACCACUUGGAGAAAGUACCAUCGAAAAGCGAAAAUGCUAAUGCGCACACUGGAAACGGACCAUACGAGACUAGAAAACAUUUUGGAGAUGUUGCUGAUAGGGAAUGCUCCCGAUGAUCAGAUGGAAGAGAUGGUCAAGGAUCCAUUUGGGCCGUUGUGGAAAGAUCCGAUCAUCCACAGCAAGGUCAGGGGUUGGCUGUGGAAAUCACAUGGUGUGUUCGAACAAAACAUUCAAGACCUGAAGGAAGCUGUGGAGGAGAUCCAAGAAAAGCUAAAGAUUGAGAGAGACGAUAAAGUAAGGUAUCUAAUCGAAUCUAUUUAA